UCCCAGCCCGGUGCAGCCCGAUCCCGCGGGCCGCUCGGUCCCAGUCCCAGGCUGGGAUCGAGGGGCUGCCAUUACCGAGGAGGCUGACGAAGACCCUGAAUCCUACCGGCCCCAGCAGGCAUCGAGGACAGCGAAAGCCGGGACACCUGCGUGCACAGGCCCUGCCUACUGGAAGGGAUGGGACUUCCAUCCAGGUUUAGGAAAGAGGGGAGGAGUCCCGCGGCUGACUUCCAGCUCCACGGUGCUGUCCUCGGAGGCUGGGAAAGACCGAAGUUAGUGGGAGACCAGAGCGCUGCUUCUGCUAGGCUUGCCUCUACCGACCCUGUGUAACAGCUCUCCCAACUUCACCAGCUUGUGCGCGGCCGUGGGGGGUCCAGACAAGGGAACCCCCUUUCUCCAGGGCAUUGGCACUAUGGCCCUUUGGGAGUGAGCCAGGAUAGAGCAAUGCAAGCCUUUGGACCUCCAGAUGAGGGUCCCCUUCAAGGCCUGGUUGCUUCCCGAAUUGAGACUUACGGGGGCCGUCAUUCGACUUCUGCCCAGAGCGCUGCUGGGAAUGUCUAUCCCAGAAGAGCUCCUGUGUUGGACCCUAGUCUCCGACUCCUCCAGCACUACGUCCCUUUUACCAAGGGCUCUGGCCAGGCCCGAGGUCUGCCUCCUCUGCUUCGGGAACCAGAGAAGAGGCAUGGGGGCCAUUUGGGGGUUGGCCCAGCUCACUCCCCCAAACUCAAGGAAGUCACCAAGGCCCACGAGCUGGAAGUGAGACUGCACACAUUUAGCAUGUUUGGGAUGCCCCGCCUGCCACCGGAUGACCGGAAACGCUGGGAGAUAGGAGAGGGAGGUGACAGUGGCCUGACCAUGGAAAAGUCCUGGAAGGAGCUGGUACCUGAACACAAGGAGAUGAGCCGUGAGCUUUGCCACCAGCAGGAAGCACUGUGGGAGCUCCUGAGCACUGAGCUGAUCUACUCCAGGAAGCUCAAGAUCAUGACCGAUCUCAUGGCAGCUGGUCUGCUGAAUUUGCAGCGGGUGGGACUGCUGACUGACGUGUCAGCAGAGACCCUGUUUGGAAAUGUCCCCAACCUGAUUAGAGUCCACCGGAGCUUUUGGGAGGAGGUGCUGCAGCCAGUCCUAGAAGAGACUCGAGCCUCCCGCCAGCCUCUGGACCCUGUCAGCCUACAAAACGGCUUCCUGACAUUUGGCCAGCGCUUCCAUCCGUACGUCCAGUACUGCCUGCGAGUGAAGCAGACCAUGGCUUAUGCCCGGGAGCAGCAAGACACGAACCCUUUGUUCCACACUUUCGUGCAGUGGUGUGAGAAGCACAAGCGCUCGGGAAGACAGACGCUGGGUGACUUGCUCAUCAAACCCCACCAGCGCAUCACCAAGUAUCCGCUGCUGCUGCAAGCUGUGCUCAAGAGAAGCCCCGAGCCCCGAGCCCGAGAGGCCCUGAAUGCCAUGAUCGCAGCUGUGGAGUCUUUCCUGAGACACAUAAAUGGCCAGGUCCGCCGGGGUGAAGAGCAGGAGAGCUUGCUGGCUGCGGCCCAGCGCAUAGGGCCCUAUGAGGUGUUAGAGCCCUCCAACGAGGAGGUGGAGAAGAACCUGCGCCCAUUUUCCACCCUGGACCUCAUGGCCCCUAUACUAGGGGUUGCCCCCGAGCACACCAGGCAGCUACUGCUGGAAGGCCCUGUGCGAGUGAAGGAAGGGCGAGAAGGGAAGCUGGAUGUGUACCUGUUCCUCUUCUCUGAUGUGCUCCUCGUAACCAAGCCUCAGCGCAGGGUGGUCAGAGCCAAGGUCAUCCGUCCCCCUCUCAUGCUGGAGAAGCUUGUGUGCCGACCACUGCGAGAUCCCAACAGCUUCCUGCUGAUCCACCUCACUGAAUUCCAGUGUGUCUCCAGUGCCCUCACUGUGCACUGUCCCAGCUCGGCAGAUCGUGCCCGGUGGGUGGAGAAGACCCUGCAGGCUCAGGCCAGUCUGCAGAAGCUGAAGGCUGAGGAGUAUGUCCAACAGAAGAGGGAGCUCCUGGCCCUAUAUCGCAACCAGGGCAGGGAGUCCCCCAGCACCAGACCCUCCACUCCUUCCGCAGAGGACUCUCAGAGCAGUGCAGAGGGGAGGGCUUUGGAGUUCAGCGUCAUCCCCCGCCUAGUGGUGACUGAAGAUACGGAUGAAGAUACUCCCUCCAUGCCUGACGACACCUCGGACUCCGGCUACAGCACCUGGAUUCCAAGUUCCCCCAAGACCUCUCGCUCCCCGCUGAACAGGCUUCGGGCCAAGGCUCUUCGUAGGGACCCUCGUCUCACCUUCUCCAACCUGGAACUCCGAGAUGUUCCUUUGCGCCCCCAGCCUCCUCACCCCCAAGCUUGCCAGCGACGAAGUGCCCCAGAAUUGCCAGACGGGAUACUAAGAGCAGGCAGUCUGGCCAGGACAGCGCCCCCAACCUGGUCCGAAGAGGAAGACGAGACUUUGGCCACACGGAAUGUGGUGGCGGAAACCCUAAACAGGGCAGAGCGGCGGAGUCCGCUCCCCCAGUCCCCCACCCACACUGACUCUGCUGGGGAAAGCCCCUGGGACUCCUCAGACGAAGAGGGGCCACUAUCCCCUGGACUCCGCCGCCGCCCCCUGCUGGCCGAGGACAUGCUCAGGGAGAUAAGGGAGGAGCUGGCCAGCCAAAGGAUCGAGGGAGCCUCGGAACCCGGGGAUGGCAAACCCCGGAAAUUGACUCGAGCCCAGCUGCAGAGAAUGAGGGGGACCCACAUCAUACAGCUGGACACCCCCGUGUCCACAUCAGAAGUGUGAGGAGCACCCAAGCCCUUUUGACACAUCUCCUAGAGGAAUUGUCUCCCCAAGAGUGCUGGUCACCACCCUCCCCCUGGACUCUACCUCAAGGACCCACUUCAAACCAAGCCUGACCCAGGCACCCACCUCCUGCUUUGGGGACCCUGAGGUCAAGAACUGCACCGUUGUGUCCCACAGACGCACCUCUGAGCCCCCACAUAAAGCUGCCCGGAAACAUGGCCACUGGUCAACACUGCAUGAGGGUGGGCGGAGGGAAUCAUGGGUACCCACUGGGCGGUGAUGCACAGUCUACUCUGUAAAGCGGCAGCGUGGCUGGACUUUCCAAGCCACUCCUCAGGUCCUGGGUUCUGCCCAGCCUCCCCAAUACACAAACCACUCUUUCAGGGUCA